AUGAAUGUCCCAAAGUUUGUUGUGCUUCUCGUGAUUGGUGUUUUGUUUGCCAUUGUCACCGCAAGGCAGGCCGAAGAAGUGUCCAAAGAGACCAAAUUAGGUACCUCUCUUUCAAAAUCUACUAUCAAAGGCGUUGGAGCUCAGCUUUCGACUAAUGCCACAACAGACAGCAUCACUUCGGGGUCUAGCUUUGCCAGUGCAACUAAGGGUCCCAAAGGUCCAAGGGGCGAUGCAUCCGAAGGUGCCUACACAAGUACCACCGGCCAUGUCGAUGCCAAGGGUCACAAGACAAGAGUUUCUUCUACAAGUGGUUCAUCCUCUACAGGAGGGUCUAAAGCUGCAGCGAACCACAAAGCUGCUUCUUCAAGUGCAGGUGGUUCCAUAGGUUCCGGCUCCUGUGUGAAGGGCUCCUCUGAGAAGAAGGGCAAAGGAAAAAAGAAGAAUUGAGAGUGAGGUGAUCUCAUGCUUAUCGCUCAAGCCUAUUAAUAUCCUACAAACUACAAACUCACAAUCUCUUUUGUGUUCAUAAAUAAAACCAGAGAUUGUCACCU